CGGGAAGAAAAAAACAAAAUCCUUAAACCGGUUUAGAUAAACCUUAUACUAUAUAAUAUACACAAAGACUUCUGGGUUUAUGUCAAACUAGUAAAGCGCGGUCCAAGACCCAAAAUUUUGAGUCGGUGACAGUGUGAUUGUGGUGACCAGUGAGUAGUUACUUGACAACUCUUUCUAGUUUCUCAUUCUCAACCAAACAACACAAAUCAACAAAGAAAGCAAACUCAGUUUUUAACCAACCCAACCAAUUUGCUUUGAACCACUCAACCACGGUUUUCUCGGGCCCGGUGGCUUUGACUGAAAACACCCCAAAAACCAAAGCUUAAUCUUGAAAAUAACCCCACCAAACUCAAACCCCCUGUUGUAACGGCUGCUCCUCCUCUGCUCUGCUAGUCUGCUCCGCUCUACUUUCCAUACCCACCUCUUUCUCUCUGUCUACACCGCCACCGCCACCGCCACCACGCCGCUAACCGAGAUAAAGAAAUUGUUAUUAAGUCAUAAAAAUAUUGUCUUUCUCUUCAAAACUGAGAUUUUUUUGUCAUGGCUGAUAGUGAUGGAGACCGUUUAGGUUCCAGUACUAGUAGUUUUUCUCAACUACUGUUUUCUGAUGAAGAUAAUGAUGUUGGUCUUGAUAUAGGCCAUGGCUCUCAUUUGUUUUCUUCUUCUUCUUCUUUGAAGCCGCCUAAAAUGCUGUGUUUUGGAGAUUAUUAUGAUUGUCAUCAAAAUAAAGAAAAAGGUGGUGUUAAUAACAACAGUAAUGUUAUUACUACUCCUCAGAAAUCUGGAGUCACAUGCAGCGACUCUUCUUCUGCUUCUUCUGCCACCGCUACCACCCCCACCCCCACCCCCACCCCCACCCCCGUAACCCCCACCACCACGACUGCCAGCAAGAGCAACAAAAAUGUCAGUAGUUGCGUCUCCAAAUCAAAUAGAAGAAGAAAUGGGUCAGGACAAGAACAAGUACAGUGCACUACUACCAUAACCAAAACUGGUUUAACUAGUCAAAGAAGCAGUAAAAAGGCCAAAACGGAGAAUCCCAUUUCCACUAGCCAUCCAAAGGUGAGGAGAGAGAAGCUCGGGGAGCGAAUCACUGCCUUGCAACAGCUUGUAUCGCCCUUUGGCAAGACGGAUACGGCUUCGGUUCUACAUGAAGCGAUGGGAUACAUCAGGUUCCUGCAAGACCAGGUUCAGGUGCUGUGCUCUCCUUACCUGCAACACUUACCUGAGGGCGAAGAAAAUGGAGAAGGAACAUCGUCAAGAAAGGACUUGAGAAGUAGGGGAUUGUGUCUAGUCCCAAUAGAAUCAACCGUACACGUGGCAAGCAGCAACGGUGCUGAUUACUGGUCACCUGCAAUGGGCAAACAAUUAAUUUAAGCAGCAACAGCAGCCAAUCCAGCCAACGUAUGAAACUUAGAUUUUGACAGCUCAUGAUCAAAAUGGUAAAAAGACAGGGUAAAAAAGGGUUUUGAAUGGUAAUUUUGGUGUAGAUUAUUAGGUAAAAAAAAAAAAAGGGAAAGGAAAAAGGUAAUAUCUUUUUAACUUGCACUAGUAUUUUGUAGGAGUAUACAUGCGGGGUACGUGUCUUUUUGCCUAGGAUUUGGCUUUUUAGCAUGGCUUGCACUUGUACAUUUUGAACAAUUACCAAUGCCAUUUUGAGAAGAGAGCUGUGGUUUGCCUAUUUAUAGUUAUACAAUUCUUUACUUUUCAAACUGCA